CAGCGUCAAGGCGAGCAAGAAAAUGUUCCCCAACCUAUGGAAACCAGUGCAACAACAGGCAUGCACGUCCACUUCCAUAGUCGAAGCUAUGAAUAGACAAGCAAAGUUUGAGAAAGAGCCACCACCAGCACAAGAGCAGCCCAAGGAAAAAGAGCCGCCUAUGCCAGAAAUUACGGUCACCAUUAAUCAGGAUGCGGCUACCGGUGAGCCACUACGGGAUGUCAAAUCGUCGAACGUACCCGAGAUGGAAGUACAGCAGCACCGAGAAUCACCGCAACCGGUCGGGUCUAUCAGUGCCAAUGACGAUUUGCGCGACAAGCUAGAAGAGAAGCGGAACACGACAAAGCUGAGCGAUCUGGAAGAAAUGGAACGAUACAUCAAACAAAAAGAGGAAGACAUUAGGCGCCGGCUGGAGAAGCUGGAACAGGAUGAAGCCAGUGUAAGCGUGUCGAUGCUGCUGCCAUCGUCGUCUCGGCGUUCGCGCUCACCAACGGACACACGGAGCAGUCGACGAAGCGAUAGUUACCGCCGUUCACGGUCACCACCUCCUUCGCGGGGUGAGAGUUCGUCAGGCGUUCACCGAUCAUCGGCAUCGAUGGCCGGACCGAGCAGCACCAGCAGUACCAGUGGCCUGCCAAUGUUUGCCGGAACUUCAAACAGAUCCGAAUCGAUGGAACGGGCCGAGUCACCGUCGGAGCGCUUGGCACACGAACGCUUCGUGCAGAUACGGAUGGAGAAGAUUGCUAUUUGUCGCGAGCUGAACUCGUUGCACCAGCGUUUCUCUGCGCAGAAAAGCUCGCGUAUGCGCGCCCUGGAAUCUCGCCAAUCGGAACUGGAUCGCGAGCAACGUGCUAUACAGGUGCAGCUGGAAGUCAAACACCGGAUGCGGAUGCAAGAUGAUCCUUCGUGCUUUGUCGGCACCUCCUUCGAUCGAACGCCUUCACCAGCGUCGAGAUAUUUGGCGGGAAGUCGCUCGCGAUCGCGCUCCCGUUCUCCGUACCCGAGGCGAUCGCUAAGCCGUUCGCGAUCGCACACAAGGAUUCGAUCACGAUCGCGCUCGUUCUACGGUGAACGCUCUCGCUCACGGUCCACCGAGCGGUUAAGAAUGUCGCGCAAAAGACACGCCUCCCGCUCACUGUCGCCCCCAUAUCGGUCACCCGCAGCUAGUCGUAGACGCUCCAGAACACGCUCGCCCAUUGUACGACGGCAGUCGUCGCUAUCGAGGGAAAUGUACACGAUUGGGCAGUAUGAUACAGCACAUCACAAGCAUAGCAUCUAUGUGGGAAACAUUGACGCGCAGGUUACGGAGGAAGAGCUGAAACAUGUGUUCAUGCGGUACGGUCCGAUCGAUGAUAUCGAUUUCGAGCGAUUUGAGCGUUACCACGAGGUGUACAUCGUCUACACAGAGCGCGAGGAUGCGUUCCGUGCGCUCGAAGCGAACGAUCUGAAUCUAUCGGGCAGAAGACUGCGUGUGGCGUUCAACAUAGAAAAACCAUCGAACCGGGAAGGAUACACGCUGCAUAUAAUUCCCAAGCGCCCGGUUGCAGAGGAGACAAUCUACCAGAGCUUCGAAUCGUACGGACAGAUUGAUUUCAUUUGGUAUCCGGACGGUAGCCUUUUCGGUUGCGUUUCAUUCCGGCGGACUGAUGCUGCCAAGGCAGCGCUAGAGGUCCGCGAGCUCGUGGAUGGGACUCCGAUAAAGGUUAGGCCGUUUAGAAAAGCUAGACUGACCUGUACCAUGGCUGACCAAUAUGGUGGAUACGGCGGACAGGAUUAUGGCGGUGGUGGUGUUGGUGGGUCGGUUCAGUUUAAUGUACCGCCGCCUUCGAUAAACCAGAAUUUCAGCCAGCCUCCUCCGAUGAAUAAAUUUGGCGGUGGCAGCACCGGUGCCUACGGGCAGCAGAGUUCCGGUUCUGUUGGUGGUGCCUACGGUGGACAAGGCGAUUAUAACGGCGGAGGGGGCCGUGGCGGCAGUGGAGGUGAUGGAGGAUUUGGUGGCAAUCGUGGUGGCUACGACAGGCGAGGUGGUAACCAAUCGGGCGGAUAUAGCAGUGGCGGCGGCAACAAAGGUGGUUAUAACAAAGGAGGAAAUGACGGCGAAAUGAUCACUCAGGAGGACACCAUCUUCAUCCAAGGUAUGACACCUGAAACAACGGAAGAGGAAAUCGCCGAGCGGUUCGGAUCGAUUGGCGUGAUCAAGCGUGAUAAGCGUACGCAGAAGCCCAAAAUCUGGAUGUACAAAGACAAGGAGACGGGUAACAUGAAGGGUGAAGCGACGGUCACGUAUGACGAUGCUAGCGCAGCCCAAUCCGCCAUCGGUUGGUUUGACAACAAGGAGUUCAACGGUGCGGUAAUCAAGGUGACGCUAGCCCAAAGGUUUAGUAACUGGCAGAACAAGGGAGGAAGCCGAGGAGGAUUCAACAAGGGAGGCGGCGGUGGAUUUGGUCGCGGUGGUGGUGCAGGAGGUGGAGAUCGUGGUGGCGGUGGUGAUCGUGGAUUCAACAGCCGUGGUGGUGAUCGAGAUGAUAGCCGCUCGAGACCCGGUGGACCGAUGGGUGCAGGAGCCGGUGGACGUGGCGGUUUUGGAGGUGGGGGCGGAGGCGGCGGUGGUGCUGGUGGUCAGGAUCGUGAGGGUGAUUGGAAUUGCGGCGAUUGCAAUAACAAGAACUUUGCCUGGCGUAACGAGUGCAAUCGCUGUAAGGCACCGAAGGGUGAUAGUGGUGGUGGCUCAUCCGAUGGUGGCAGUCGCGGCGGUGGUUACGGUGGCAACCGUAACGGAGGGGGCGGCUUCGGAGGCAACCGUGACCGAGGCUCGUUUGGUGGUGGUCGAGGAGGCGGCGAAGGAGGUGGACCGGACCGUGGUUAUGGCGGUUCCAACCGAGGCGGACGCGACGGUGGCAGCGGCGGGGGAUAUGGCGGUGGCGGUGGUGGUGGUGCUAUGCGUGGAAAUGACCGGAACAACCGAAACGACCAACGGCAACGUCCUUACUAAAGGGUGAGGGAUACCUUGUUCAAAGGGUAAUCCCGUUUAACGUACGCCAAUGUCUCGUUAAGAAAAUUUUCAAUUUAAUCUAGAAGAAGCAGCGCUUGGAAACGACCAUGCUCUGUGAAUUGACUACUCAAUGCACUAGUAGUAUCUACUACUCGCGACACUAUUCUGCACACGCGUAAUGCAAUUUCCCUCUCUUCGGUCUUUACGCGCCUACUCCCUUAAUACCGAUCAGCAUCAGAAUUUUAGAUCGUUGAGAGCACAGUUGCCUUGACUUUUGAUGGCGCUCUGUCGAUCGGUAAUUGAUAGGAAUUGUAAAUGUGUAUUACUCUAGUAUAAUGUAUGUGUGUUUCGUUCGGUUCUUAAUUUUAUCACUCCCACCACCACCUCUGUAUCAAUGGAGGGCGCGGUAUCACCCAUCAAGGAAGGGACAUUCUUAAUCCCGGCAGGUUUAUAUCCCACCCUCUUUCUCUCUUCCGGUUUUUGUCCACGGUUCGAUGAGCGGCAUCAAAAAGUAGUAAGCGUUGCGAUUACUAGGCAUGUCCGUUGGCAGUGGCAACUGUGACGAGUUGUACUUUGCACUAGGGGAGGAACGGUUUGAUGCUACGCCGUCUAGAUCAGAUGCAUCUUCUGUAACAAACUGAGGUAUCAGCUGCUAGAGGAAGAAGGAAAAGAAGGAAACUAACUAACAAUAACCACCGUCCUCGAGGAACCGUCUGGUUAUGAUGCACGACACGGGGGUGAGCUAUACUAUAUAAACUUACGGAAGUAAUAAAAAAGGAGAGAAACAAUGUCUUCAACGCAACUUAAUCACGAGAAAUCAUU